AGUCAGUGAUGAGCGCUAUCUUCCGGACCAUUGAGUCAAUGGAUGUCAACAUUAGUCAUGUGUUUAUAAUUUUAACCAUUGAUUGAAUGUAUUGACAAAAGUUUGUAUCACUCAAGACAUCACCCAAUGGUACGCUUCGCUCAGAUAGUCAUUGGACCGGCGGGUAGUGGGAAGUCGUCAUAUGUGUCGGCAAUGAUAAGUCACGGACAGGCAAUGGGCCGUACAUUAAGUGCUUUCAAUAUGGAUCCGGCGGCCGAAUACUUCCAGUACAACCCCAUCGCAGACAUCAGACAACUGAUCACUGUUGACGACAUUAUGGCCGAUAAAGACUUAUCAUUUGGUCCUAACGGUGGUCUCAUCUUUGCUAUGGAGUUCUUGUUGGAUAAUAUGGAUUGGUUUGAGGAACAGUUGGGUGAUAUGGAUAACGAUUACAUAUUGUUUGAUACGGCCGGACAGAUAGAGUUGUCCACACAUUUAGAUGUCAUGCAAAAGUUGAUCCGUUUUCUUCAAUCACAUGAUUUCCGAGUUGUCGGUAUAUUUCUGUUGGACUCACAGUUUAUAUCCGAUGUCUCAAAGUUCUUCUCAGCCCUAAUGGUAUCACUUUCGGCAAUGAUUAGUCUUGAGAUACCAGUUGUAAACUUAUUGACAAAAACAGAUCUUUUAGACAAACCUUCUCUCAAAAGACUUGAAAGUUUUUUAGAGCCCGACUCUUAUCUAUUGGAAAAUCAAUUUCCCGAAAAAUGGGGUCAAAAGUAUAGAAAACUUACCGAAGCUUUUGGCCAAUUGUUAGACGAUUACUCUUUAGUCAAAUUUAUGUCAAUCAAUAUUUUUGAUGAACAAUGUCUUAAUGAUGUCUUACUAUCGGUAGACAAUGCACUUCAGUUUGAUGACGAACAAGAGGUCAAAGUGCGUGACUUCGAUGAACCACUAAUUGAUGAAAAUAGUGAAGAUAUUGUUGAUAAUGAUUAA